GUUACUUUGGUAGUUGCAAACAUUAUUGAAAUAGUUAUGUGAUAAAGAUGUCUGCUCAGAGUCGAACAAUAGUUACCACCUUAGAUGCACCAAAACCUAUUGCUCCAUACAACCAAGGGGUUAUACUUGAUUCCACGAUGUAUGUUUCUGGCGUCCUUGGUUUGGAAAAGGAGACGAUGAAAAUAGUCGAAGGGGACGUCACGACGGAGACUAGGCAGGCUUUAAGGAACUUGGGGUACAUUUUACAAGCAGGAAAUUCGUCUUACGAUAAAGUCGUGAAAUCCACAAUUUUUCUUAGCGAUCUCAAUGACUUUGCAGCCGUAAAUGAUGUCUAUAGAGAAUUUUUCAUAAAGGAUUUUCCAGCCCGAUCAGCUUUUCAGGUGGCAAAACUUCCAAUGAACGCCAGGGUGGAAAUUGAAGUUAUUGCAGCCACUGGGCAGGUAAAAACUGUUUGCUGCCACUAAACGGUGUCGCUAGUUAUUCGUUUUUAACGCUUAUACUUAUAUUAAUCAUUAAAAUUUGUUUACAAAAUAAAAGUUAUUUAUUUUA